AUGGCGGAGAAGAGGAACCUGGAAGAAGGAAGGAACCUGGAAGAAGAGGGACCUGGGAAGAAGGAAGGAACCGGCAGAAGAGACCUGGAAGAAGAGGAAACUGGAAGAAGAAGGGACCUGGGAAGAAGAGGAAACCAUGGUAAGAAGAAGGACCUGGAAGAAGAGGAACCUGGAAGAAGAAGGACCUGGAAGAAGAGGAACCUGGAAAGGAAGAAGGAACCAGGGGAAGAAGAGGAACUGGAAGAAGAAGGACCUGGAAGAGAGGAACGGAAGAAGGAAGGACCUGGAAGAAGAGGGAAACCCUGGAAGAAAGAAGGACCUGGAAGAAGAGGAAACCGGAAGAAGAAGGGGACCUGGGAAAAGAAGAGGAACCUGAAGAAAGAAUGGACCUGGAAGAAGAGGAACCUGGAAGAAGAGGGACCUGGAAGAAGAGGGACCUGGAAGAAGAGGGACCUGGGAGAAGAGGAACCUGGAAGAAGAAGGACCUGGAAGAAGAGGGACCUGGAAGAAGAGGAACCUGGAAGAAGAGGGACCUGGAAGAAGAGGGACCUGGAAGAAGAGGAACCUGGAAGAAGAAGGAAGGAGGACCUGGAAAAGAAGAAGGACCUGGAAGAAGAGGAACCUGAAGAAGAGGACGGGAAGAAGAGGACCUGGAAGAAGAGAGACCUGGGAGAAGAAUACUGGACGAAGAAGGACUGGAAGGAAGAGGACCUGAAGAAGAGGGACCUGAGAAGAAGAGGGAACUGGGAGAGAGGAACCUGGAAGAAGAAUGACCUGGAGAACGAGGAACUGAAGAAGAGGGACCUGGAAGAAGAGGGACCUGGAAGAAGAGGAACCUGGAAGAAGAGGAACCUGGAAGAAGAGGGACCUGGAAGAAGAGGGACCUGGGAGAAGAGGAACCUGGAAGAAGAAGGACCUGGGAGAAGAGGAACCUGGAAGAAGAAGGACCUGGAAGAAGAGGGACCUGGGAGAAGAGGCAAAACCAUGGAGAAGAAGGACUGGAAGAAGAGGGACAUGGAGAAGAGGAACCUGAGAAGAAGGACUGAGAAGAGGGACCUGAAGAAGAGGGACAUGGAAGAAGAGGUACGGCGGAGAAGAGGAACCUGGAAAAAGAAGACCUGGAGAAGAAGAGGAACCUGGAAGAAGAAGGACCUGGGAGAAGAGGAACCUGGAAGAAGAAGGACCUGGGAGAAGAGGAACCUGGAAGAAGGAAGGGACUGGGAGAAGGGAACCGAAGAAGAAGGGACCUGGAAGAAGAGAACCUGGAAACGAGGAAACUGGAGAAGAGGGACGGAAGAAGAGGGACUGGGAGAAGAGGAACCUGAAGACGAAAGGAACUGGGGAAGAGGAACCUGGAAGAAGAAGUACCUGGAAGAAGAGGGGACCUGGAGAAGAGGAAACCUGGGAAGAAGAGAACCUGUGUACACAAAGGGAACUGGGAGAAGAGGAGACCUGGAAGAAGAAGGACCUGGAAGAAGAGGGACCUGGAAGAAGAGGGACCUGGAAGAAGAGGGACCUGGGAGAAGAGGAACCUGGAAGAAGAAGGACCUGGGAGAAGAGGAACCUGGAAGAAAAAGGACCUGGGAGAAGAGGAACCUGGAAGAAAGAAGGAUGGAAGAAGAGAACCUGUGA